AUGAAAGAGCCCAUUAUACAGGAAGAGAUGCUGAUGACUGCCCACAAACUGUUCCAAGAGCACUUCCCUGAGAUCCUCAAGAUGGGCUCUGAGCAUGUGGAGCUGGUCUUUGGCCUUAAGGUGAAGGAACUCACACCAGGUGGCAGUUCCUACACCCUUCUCAACCUAUUAGACAUCACCAGUGAUAAGAGCCUGAGUAAUAAACUCCUGACAACUGGGACCCAGGAUAAGGGCUGUGAACCUCAGCACCACCGCAGGAGGACUGGGGGACUAAGUCCUGAGAAUAUGGGUGAUGCCCCAGGAGGACGAAAAUGUUCCCAAGUUCUUACAGAAAACAAUGGGGCCAAUCAGAAUAUCUAUUACCUCCAGGGAACUGUCCUACAGAACUGGAAGCGCCACAGCCAUCACAUGCAGGUGGAUCCCAAGGCUCAUAGCAUGGGGUGUCCAAAACACAUGCUAUUCUGCCCAGACACCUGCCUGUUGUCUCAGACCACAGUCAUCAUGCCACAGAGUAAAAAAAAUAAGCCACUUACUCCUAAGAAAGCUUCCCAUGUCCAAAGGGAGGCCCCGAGACUCCAGGAAGCUCAGGCUUCCAAGAAGAAAAUACUGCCCUCAUCUUCUCCUCCUUUGGGGAUUAUCAGCCACACGAAGUCCACUUAUCAGUCACGAUGUCCUCCCAAGAGAUCUCAGAGAGCAGUUUCCACCACUAUGUCCUCAGAUAUUUCAACCCCAAGAUCAGAUAAAGGAGCCACCUGCAAAAGUAAGAAAAAGCAACAUUCCUCCCAGCCUCCAAAGUCCAUCAUACAAAUUCCCAGAGAUGUUCUAACCAAGAUGGCUAGCAGAUUGGUUAAUUUCAUCAUACGCAAGUACAAAAUGAAAAGGCUCAUUAGCAAAGAAGGUAUGUUGAAGAUCAUCUAUAAAAAGUACAAGAAUCACUUCCUGGAGAUCCUCAGAAAAGCUUCUUUCAACAUAGAGGUGGUAUUUGGCAUGGACUUAAAAGAAACCGAUGCUAUCAGUCACUCUUAUACCCUUGUCGACAAAAUGAAUCUCCCCUACAAUGGGAAGCUGAGUCGCGGCAGGGGAUUUCCUAAGACUGGUCUCCUGAUGAACCUUCUGGGAGUGAUCUUCAUGAAGGGCAACUCGGUCACUGAGGAGAAGAUCUGGGAAUUUCUGAAUAAGAUGAGAAUAUAUGAUGGACAGAGACACUUCCUUUUCGGGGAGCCCAGGAAGCUCAUCACAGGUGAUCUAGUGAAGCUGAGAUAUCUGGAGUACCGCCAGGUACCGGACAGUGAUCCUCCUCUGUAUGAGUUCCUGUGGGGCCCAAGAGCCUAUGCUGAGACCAGCAAGAUGAAAGUCCUGGAGUUUUGGGCCAAGAUCAAUGAUACUACACCUACUGCCUUCCAGGGCAGGUAUGAAGAGGCUUUGAGAGAUGAAGAAGAGAGAGCUAAAAAGACAUAA